AUGACUGUUUACACAGAUAAGAAGCUGAAUCAUAAUCGACCGGAUAUUAUUCUACUACGGAAAGAUACACAGGAGUGGACACUAAUUGACAUAGCAGUACCAGCGGACCAGAACAUCAUCAAUACUGAGGAAGAGAAAAUGGCUAAAUAUCAAGAACUAGCAUUCGAAAUUAAGAGAAUCCAUCGAGCAUCGAAAGUGACAGUGAUACCAAUCGUGAUCGGUGCACUCGGAACAAUCUCAAAGAACGCAAAAACCUGGCAUGGGAAGUUAGCCAUACCUGACAUCGUUGGUAGUGCACAAUUGUCGGCCAUCCUUGGAACAGCUCACAUAUUACGGAAAGUUCUAUGUUUCUAA